AGCGACCGAAACUCAUACCUUCAUGGAGAGUAAUCCCUUGGCUCCAGGGCAUGACUUCUCGCAGGGAUAUUAUCAUCUCCUGGCGCUACCAGGGGGUGAUGAGAGAGACGAGGGUGGAACAUUAGGUUAUGAUUGCGCAGAGGUCCGUGAGCUCCAUGCCAUAGCUGACAUAGAUUGAAUUUGAGUCUGCUUUCCA